AAUGUUUUACAGCUCAUCUCAUAUUUUACGCAUCCACGGGUCAGCCUGUAAAAUAGUCAAAUAGUAAAGAAGCACGCCACCAGACACAACAUGGGUUACAUAACCGCUAUAACCAGAGCUCAAAGCACCCAUCAGGCCUCAGAUUUCUGCUCCUGUUUGUGGCUGGUGGGAAGGGGACGUAGUGAGAGGGCGGGCUUUGCUGCCCGGUCAGCUGCUGACUGAACUGCCUGCUGCUUGCAGGCUGGCACCGGAGAGAGGGGGGGCGGGGCAGUCAUCCACACACACUGUGCAAUGGAGGACUCAAUUGAGGUGAUUCUGCAAGACCAGGGUGGGGUAUUCCCAACCAGCAGACCCCAUCCCAUUGUGUCUGCAUGCACAGGUGCUCUGCUCACAGGGUUCUAUGCAGUAUGGAGCCUCUUUUCUAUGCCUGGAUUCCGUAAAAUCCCCAUGAAACUUAAGGUUCCUUACUUGCCAUCCAGUAAAAAUCAGACACAGAACGUUAUGAAGCUGCUCGAAGGACGGAGAGGGCGUUUAGCGGAUCUGGGAUCAGGGGAUGGAAGACUGGUGUUUGCAGCCUCCGCUGCUGGUUUCCAGUCCACUGGAUUUGAGAUUAACUCCAUUUUGGUGACAUAUGCACAAUGCAAGGCCUAUUGGGGAGGAAUCCCCUCCAGCCAGGCAACGUUUGUGAAAAGUGAUUUCUGGAAAACCGAUCUCUCCUCUUACAACAAUGUGACGGCUUUCCUUGCUCCCGGAGUGAUGGAGGCACUGGAAGAAAAGCUGUUGACUGAGCUUCCUGAAGAUGCGUGUGUCAUCUCUUGCCGUUUUCCCUUUCCUAACUGGCCAGAAAAAUCAUCUGCUGGCUCUGGACUUGAUAAGACUUAUGCUUAUGAUAUUGGCACAGUACGCUCACAUUGUAGAAAUCCCCCAAGUGCAGCAUCAAAAUAAGUCAAAAUCUCUUUCCAGGACUAUAAUCCUAAAGUUCACUCAUUUGUCCUGGAAUUUUCUUUCUGAUUUGAAAACGUAUGAGUUGAAUAGACGCUCUAAAGAAUAACAUCUGAAAGAUGACUGAACCUUUGUGAUGAGAUGGCUUAUUGUUUGUGUCCAAUAUUUGCACUUGCCAAAUAGCAUUUUACAUACUGCUGAUGAAUUUAGUCGAAUACUGCCAUGCACCAUGAUCUAUUCUAUAGUUUUAUGUUCUGACCCUUAAAAGUCAAAUGAGAAUAGUAACAAAGACAAGAGAUGUGACCUUACCCUGAUAAUCCUGCUUAUACCUGUAGGAGUCUGUUUGUGGCUCAGCUGUAAAACAUGAAGUAUAAAAUAUGUCUAUUUUCUGAUGAAUAG